GCGGAUAUAACUAGGCGAUUGUUUCUGUGAUGAUUGUAACAUGAGGCAGAUGGCUUGAUCAGAUGCUGUCUUCGGUGGAUGGACGGUGAUGUGGGCGGUCGGCGGUCCGGGCUGCUCUUCAACGUGGUCGGCAACGUCCUUGGACUCCUGGUGUCCGGCGCGCGGUGGUACGAGCUGUCCCUCUAUGCCACGAAUGAUGUCCUCGGCUUGGCUGGUGAUGUCGUCCAGUCCCUCUCGGCGUUCGGCGGGGUGCGGCGCGACUUCAGUCUUGACACUCUCGGUAGGUUGGUCUUCCAUAUAUGUGUCACGUUCGUUUGUCUGUUUUAUGACCUCUCCUUCGAGUGUGUUUACUUCCGCAUGCGUGGGUUCAGUCUCUGGUCCAAUAUUGAUUUCCUUUGCAUGACACUUCUCCUCAAUUUGCCGUCCUAAUAUCUUGCUUUCUUCCGCUGCUUCCUUCAACCUUUGUUCUGAUUUUUCAAAAUCUUGUUCACUUGCCUUCUCCAUCUGUUGGAUUUCCCUCUUUAAUUCUUCUCU